AUGGCCAUAUUUGUGGUGUUAGUGAUACUGCCUCUGGUGUUAGGCAAGCAUCCAAUUGUCCAUUGUUCCAUUGGACACCCUGUUCCUAUUCUUCACAAAUAUUAUCAAUCUGGGGACCUCAUCAUUGGUGGCAUUAUGUCUCAGGUCUUUAUAUUUUCAAAUGCUAUAACCUUUGAAAAACCUCCAUCGCUGGAGCAUUCUGACGAUCAUAUGCUAAUGACACAGCUCUAUCAGCACAUUGUGACCUUGGCAUUUGCUAUAAAGGACAUCAAUGAAAACACCCAAAUCUUACCCAAUGUCAGCCUGGGCUUCCACAUCUAUAAUGAUGAUUUCAGUGCAACUAGGACCUAUCUUGCUUCAUUAGAACUUCUCUCCAGACGACGCAGAUUUAUCCCAAACUACAAGUGUGAUGUUGAGAAUAUCCCUGUAGCAGUCAUUGGGGGACCUAACUAUGAUUUCCAUUUCCACAUGGCAACCGUCCUGUCUAUAUACAAGAUGUCACAGAUCACCUAUGGCUCUUCUCCUAUGAGGAAUAACGAUAUCCAAACAGAUUUCUUCCACUGGAUGUUCCCAGAUGGAGCUAAUCAAUAUGAUGGGAUUCUGCAUUUAUUGUUACAUUUCAAGUGGACAUGGAUAGGGGUAGUUUCUCAGGAUAAUGAUAAUUCAGAGAAAUUUAUACAAAAUGUUCUUCCCACAUUUUCCCAGAGAGGUAUUUGCUUUGAUUUUAUCGAAAGAUUCCCCCAAAUAGCCUCUUCUGGUGAAGUGGCUGCAAUGGUGGAGGAAGGAUUUAAAACAAGCCUCAUUGUUUUGGCAAGUUCUGCUAAUAUUGUGAUUGUGCAUGGUGAAGUUUAUACCAUGACAACAAUGAGGAUUUUACCAAAGGUGGCAGAAUCAGAAGAUAUAUCUUUGUCAAUGAACGCAAAAGUCUGGAUUAUGACAGCUCAGAUGGAUUUCACAUCAUUUUCCUUCCAAAGGAAUUGGGACAUAAAUUUCAUCAACGGUGCUAUAUCCUUAGCAAUUCACUCAAAGGAUCCUCGAGGAUUCCAAGGAUUCCUUUACGGGAGAAAUCCUACCUUGGUAAAAGAAGAUGGUUUUCUGGGAAUUUUCUGGGAAAGGGCAUUUGACUGUUCUUUCCCCCAUCCUUCGUUAGAUAAGAAAGAGAGAGGAUUCUGCACUGGAGAGGAAAAUCUGGAGACUCUUCCUGGAUCUGUUUUUGAAAUGAGCAUGACUGGCCAUAGUUACAGCAUCUACAAUGCUAUCUAUGCUGUAGCACAUGCUUUGCAUGCCAUGCAUCCAUCUAAACUCAAAAACAGAGGAAUGGUGGCUAGCACAAGAUGGAAAUUUUUGAAUCAACACCCAUGGCAGAUCCACCACUUUCUGAGAAGGGUCACAUUUAACAAUAGUGUUGGGGAAGUGGUUUCCUUUGACCAAAAUGGGAAAUUUGUAACUGGAUAUGACAUUAAAAACUGGAUCACAUUCCAAAAUAAGACAUUUUAUAGAGUCAAAGUUGGAAUGAUGAACCCGAGGGCUCCCCCCGAGAAGAGAUUCACCAUUCAUGAUGAUGGCAUUACUUGGCCCAGCAGGUUCAACCAGGCACAACCCCUCUCUCUGUGCAACGAUAAUUGUGAUUUGGGUUAUAGUAAGAAAAAGAGGGAAGGGGUGCCAUUUUGCUGUUAUGAUUGCCAAGAAUGUCCAGAAAUGAAGAUUUCAGACCAGAAGGACAUGGCUGAGUGUUUUGAUUGCCCCGAGGAUCAAUACCCAAACAAUAACAAGGACGGCUGUGUUCCAAAAGAAGUAAACUUUUUGUCGUAUGAAGAACCUUUGGGGAUCAUUUUAGCCACUUCUGCUCUCUUCUUUUCUUCCGUAACAGCCCUGGUGCUGGGAAUCUUCAUGAAGCACAAGGAGACUCCCAUUGUCAAAGCCAACAAUCGGAACCUCAGCUACACUCUCCUCAUCUCCCUCCUGCUCUCCUUCCUUUGUGUCUUCUUGUUCAUGGGACAACCGGAAAAGCUGCCAUGCCUCCUUCGACAAACUGCUUUCGGCAUGAUCUUCUCAGUGGCCGUUUCUUGUAUAUUGGCCAAAACCACCAUUGUGGUUCUCGCUUUCAUGGCCACCAAACCUGGCUCCAAGAUCAGGAAAUGGGUGGGAAAACAACUGGCUAGCUACAUCGUUUUGUUAUGCUCCCUCAUUCAAGCCAUGAUUUGUUGCAUGUGGCUGGCAAUCUCUCCCCCAUUUCCUCACUUUGACAUGCACUCAAUGACUAAAGAAAUUGUACUUCAAUGUAAUGAAGGAUCAACUCUCAUGUUUUACUUUGUCUUGGGAUUUUUGGGAUUUCUGGCUACUGUUAGCUUUAUUAUAGCUUUCCUAGCCAGAAAAUUACCAGACAGUUUCAAUGAAGCCAAAUUUAUCACCUUCAGUAUGUUAGUCUUCUGCAGUGUGUGGCUGUCCUUUGUUCCCACGUACUUGAGUACCAAAGGGAAAUAUAUGGUGGCUGUGGAGAUCUUCUCUAUCUUGGCUUCCAGUGCUGGAUUAUUGGGUUGCAUCUUCCUCCCCAAAUGUUAUAUCAUUUUGCUGAAGCCUGAGUGGAACAGCAGAGGUCAGCUAAUUGCCAGACAAAAUUAA